AUGGCAGAAGAGAUAACAGCAGCACCAGCCUCUUCAAGGUCUCCACGACAAGGGUCAGGCAUCAGAUGGAAGUCGGUUGCCGUUUCUGGCAUACUGUUCGUGACCAUGACAACGGUAACACACAACACAAAGCAACUGAAUCCGAUCUUCCUGAAUCAGCUGACAGACCACAGCAACGAGGUCAUUCGUCAAUUGCAAGCCACCGUAACUGAAACUAUUGGAAACUUUUCAGACUAUGAGAAUAUCACGGCUAUUUUGAAUGGAGAACAGGAUGAGCAACAAGACAAUCAUAUUUUCGGAACAUUGCUUCCAAAGCCCAAGAGGGUCAGUCGGCACCAGUCUCUUUAUGAGUUGACGCGAUCAUCCGAGACACCAGAAUGCCCAUCCGACUUGAAAGCUGUCGAGAUCAUUUCCAAUCCGGAGGCUGAUGCUGGUCUGGGACGAAAAAUACCCAAGAUUGUCCACAUGACGGGGAAGACCAAAUGCCUCACUGGGGCCUUUUAUGACGCUUCCAAACUGUGGCAAUUUGAAAACCACUCUUACUAUUUCCAUGACGACCAAGCCGUAGAAGAGCUAUUCAACAAAGAUUGGCCCAUGUUCCCACAGCUGAAGAAUACCAUUGCAUGUCUGCAGCAGGCAGGUGGAGCCGCCAUGGCAGACUUAUGGAGAUAUCUAGCACUCUAUGAGUAUGGGGGGAUCUACACUGAUAUGGAUAAUCACCCCAACACUCUGUUCAACGCCGGCACCAUUCAACCGGAAACCGAUGCCUACUUUCUACAAGAAGGAGGUGGCUUCUUGAGCCAAUACUUCUUUGCUGUCUCUCCCCGGCAUCCACUCAUGUUUCUAGCUGUGCAUGAUGUCAUGCGUGAGAUGCACAACAUCUUGGAUACAGGCAACUUCUAUGUCCCAGUCAUAUCUGGGCCGGGUGCCAUGAAGAGGGCCUUUCUUAACUUUAUGGGGCUCAAUGGUACCAACUUGGAUCUGGUGGCCGGCAAGUACUCCAAGCCCUCGCCAGGACAUUACGAAGGAGUUGGAUUUGGCAACCACUCAGUCACAGUCUUUGCCCAUAGACGCAACAACAAUGACUAUGUCAUUCGGUCGGCUAUAUCAGGCCAUCGCAAGAUGCAAGGGUGGAGGCAAAUGAAUAUCACCAACUACCAAGCCAUGAACAAACAACCCAAUGGCAAGUCCUGUGCCAGACUUCUCCACGAAAAGUACUAUUCCCAUGCCGCCUCAUUCGACGGAGAAAUCAUGCAAGAAGUGUACCGACGACAACGUUGGUAA